AGUGCGCUUCAGUGAGGCAUAAGACGCGCUGACGCACCAAUGGAGAGCUAACGGACCUGCACUGGCGCAGACGGACUUGACACACAAACCAUCAGCGGGGAGUCUGGAACUUUGUUUUUCUAUUUUUUUGUUUUACAGCAUUUCUUUGAAACAUUUUGACAGUGUGUUCAGGCUUUCUUACCACCUUUUUCAAGUUUUAUUGAAGUGGCGCAUUAACAGAUCACAAUGAUGACCAAACCUUAUGGAAAACCAGGGGAUGUGACUGAGCUUGUCAGCUCUCUUGGAUGGAUGGAGGAAGACCUCAGCUCACAGGAUGGUGACCAGACACCUGAGAUCGGUCACUAUGCCCUACACAGGAGACCUGUGGAGCUUGGCAGUGAGGAUAUGGAGGAAGAAGAGGAGGAGGAAGAGGAAGAAGUUGGUCUGGAUGGAGAAAAGGUACCCAAGCGAAGAGGUCCUAAAAAGAAGAAAAUGACCAAAGCCAGACAAGAACGUUUCCGUGCCCGACGCGUCAAGGCCAAUGCCAGGGAACGCUCACGCAUGCAUGGGCUAAACGACGCAUUGGACAACUUGCGGAGCGUCAUGCCUUGUUACUCCAAGACCCAGAAGCUCUCCAAAAUCGAGACCCUGCGGCUGGCCCGCAACUACAUCUGGGCUCUGUCAGAGGUUCUGGAGAGUGGCCAAUCACCCGAGAGCCAUGGUUUUGUGGAGAUGCUAUGCAAGGGGCUUUCGCAACCUACCAGCAACCUUGUGGCAGGCUGCCUCCAACUUGGACCCUCGUCCAUGCUGAUCAACAAACUGGAUGAAAAGUGUGGGAUUCCAGGAGUAGGUGGUCCACAGGGUCACCCCAUUAGCUAUCCUUCACCAGGACUUCCCAGUCCACCCUAUGGCUCAUUGGAGGCCUCACACUUGCUCCAUCUGAAGGGCUUCAAGGGGGCAAACUAUGAGAACUCCUCACCCAAUGAAUGUAGCAGCGGCACGCCACCUUAUGAUGGUCCUCUUACUCCGCCACUCAGCAUCAGCGGCAACAUCGCCCUCAAGCAGGAGCCGUCGCCGCAUGAGGCUGAGAGGAACUUUACACCUCACCCGACCCACGCGGCUCAUUACAUCUCCUCACACCCUUACCCACCUUCCUCCUUGGCUGGUCUUCCAGCUCCUCAGGGUCACCCGAUGUUCCCAGGCUCCCGUUUUGAGCUUCCUUUAGACAUAGCAUUCGAGUCGUUUACCCCUUCACACAUUGUGACAUCACAGAUGAGCAGCAUUUACAGUGAAUGAACAGAAAUGACCACCAGAGACACUCAGCAAUUCUGCCUCCUGCUCCUCAGUGUGCCUCCAGUGGGGUAGCACAUUUAAGGAGACGCUUUGCAUGUAUCCUGUCUGAUCCCUUAAGAGACCAUAGUGGUCACUGAGAGAGAGUAUCUGAAACACAACCUACCUGUGGCAACUGAAGUACUGAGAAAGAAAUGCAUAUUUUUUUUGUUAAGUUAUUCUUGUUUCUGUCUUGACUGAGUUUGUUACUUCUUUAAAUGUUAUUUUUAAUUGAUCUGGGAUUUGUAUUCUGUAUACACUUGAUGUUCUUCACCUCAAAUAAGAUGACGACUUUGAUGCACAUGCCAUAAAAGUGUAUCAAAAUUGACACAAAGUCAAGCUUUUUAGAUGCAUACAGAGAGUAAGAGCCUCAGUUUUUUUCCCAGCAUUGUUCAACCAGAUGCUGAUUUUCCACUAAACAAAACACACAAAACAUAAAUAAAUAAAAAGAAAGAAUGAAGGAAAAGGACAAAUUUAGUACAUUACAUUUGCCAUAAAAAAAUGCAUUUAUUUAUGACUGUAUUUAAUAUUUAUUUUGGUGACAGUUGUAUGUUUUGAAACAAUUUGUCAGCACUGUUUUUAUUGGUUCGUUGGUACACUGCCAGUCACUGCUACCAAUAUUCAUAAAGUAUCUAAUUUAUUUAUUGGAAUUCAUUCAGUUUAAUGUAUUUUUGUCAUUCUCCACAAUGUUUGUAAUUUUGCUCAAGCGUUUGUAAAUAUUUACCUGUUCCGCACUUAAUAAAAUAAAUAUUCUUAUAUAA